AUGAAGCUGGCAAUUUUUCUCGUUCUGGUAUUAGAGGCUAGUUUUUUUCAUGGUGCUGAAGGUUUUAAGAGAGGCUUCAAAAGAAGCGGAUGGUUUUCCUGUCGUGGAGGAUCCUCAUCGCAACCCUCAAACCAUGACCAUACAAACUAUGAUAGUGCCUCAGCUCCACCGGAACUUCCUCCAGAUCUUCCGCCGUUGGAAGGCGACGACACCCAAUCAGCGUUUCAAGGACAACCUCAAUCACAGGAUCCAUAUUCGUAUCAAGGCGAUCCGUACGGCAACAGCAAUGAGCCUGCAGCAAGAGGUGGUCAUCCACAGCACCAAGUACCACCACCACUUCCUCCAGGAUACAGUAAUGAACAACCUCCAUUGGGAUACGGGCCUCCCGGAAUUCAUGACCCGCCGCUGUAUGACGAUAAUAAUGAAGAUUCUGCAAUGACAGAUUCUUGGGGUGAUACUGGAAAUGAUUCUAGAAUGGAUUUGUCAAGCUUUAACAAGGAGUACAUUUUGCGUGGACUUGCAAAAUUAUACAAGAAAAAAAUCUUGCCUUUAGAGUUGAGCUCCGGAUUCGGACAUUUUCACUCUCCUCCCCUAUCUCCAUCAGAUUUUGUGGCACCGCCGAUGGUCUUGCUCCUUGGUCAAUAUAGCGUUGGGAAAACUUCAUUUAUCAAAUACUUGCUUGGGAGAGACUUUCCAGGAAUCAGGGUAGGUCCUGAGCCAACAACGGAUCGAUUCACGGCAGUUCUUUGGGGUUCAACUGACAAAAUUGUUCCGGGAGCUGCAUUAUGUUCGCAACAAGAUAGGCCGUUCACGGGACUAAGCCCAUUCGGAAACAACUUCCUCAGCCGACUGGAAGGUGUUGAGCUCGAUUCACCUGUCCUCUACAAUGUAACUCUUGUCGACACACCAGGUAUUCUUUCUGGACAGAAACAAAAAAACCGAAACUACGAUUACGAAAGUGUUAUGAAAUGGUUUGGCGAAAGGGCUGAUCUAGUGAUUGUUAUGUUUGAUGCCCACAAGCUGGAUAUUUCGGAUGAAUUGAAAAGGGUAAUGGAGCUUUUCAUUCCUCACAUUGAUAAGGUUCGAAUCGUUUUGAACAAAGCCGACAGCAUAUCUACGCAGCAGCUGAUGCGUGUCUAUGGUGCCCUGAUGUGGUCCUUAGGGAAGGUGCUGAAUACACCGGAAGUAUGCAGAGUCUACGUGGGAAGCUUUUGGGAUGCGCCGUUACACAAUUCAGAACAGGCAGAACUAUUACAACGUGAAGAAAUGGAUCUGCUGCAAGACAUUACAAGACUUCCUCAAGAAGCUGUAAUGAGGCGCAUCAAUGAGCUUGUGAAGAGAGCGCGAAGUGUCAAGGUACAUGCCUAUAUUAUCCACUAUCUCCGAAAACAACUGCCGUAUACGUGGGGGAAACGAGAGAAGCAAAAACGACUCAUAGGACGGUUGGAAUCCGAGUUCAACGCUGCGGCUCGGCGCUAUGGGUUGCCCAAGGGUGACUUCCCUUCAAUCGAACCAUUCCGACAGGCACUCCUAGAAAUUCGUGAUAUAAGCGAGUUCCCAAAACUAGAUAAGAGAUUGGUGAAGGAAAUGGACAAGGUUUUCUCAUCCGAUAUCCCUGGGCUUUUGGAGAAGGCUAAAAACUCAGAAUAA